CAAGCGGCACAUGUAUAUAUAACCUUCUGAUAUUUGAUAGUCACGUUGGUACGAUCUAUUGACGGCUUUGUCCGGGAUAGAUUGAAUAUUGUAUGGGAGUUUUCACGUUUUUCGAGGUCGAAGGAGUUGCACUUUUGAUUCAUCACACUUUCAUACUGUGCAGUUCGAUUUGGUGGGAACUGUGCAAUAUCAUGGAUAGCGAGCUGUUAUCGGACGGAUAUUUGAUCGAUUUGGUUGACAGCGAGUGGUUGACAGAUGAAUUACCCAAUGAUCAAAUAAUGGUUCCGUCUGAGAAACUACCCGAUCCUGAGGCAGAUAACGGUGAUUCACAUUUAACGCUGAAAGAACAGGAGCAGAAAUGGACCGAUCUUGCAUUGUCUUCGCUUGCUCCGGAGCUGUCUAUUUCAGAUCAGUUGAAUUUGAAUGGUGUUUAGAAGAAAAUAUAAUAUCCAUGAUUGAUAGGUAAUGAAUUACUUUGAAAAUGAA